GCUGGGUUCUUGCAGUCAGGAGUCAGCUGCAAGUUCGUGGUUUAGCGGAAAUUUGUGUGAUAUUCUCCAGAUUGCGGAACUAAUGCAAUGGACCAGGAGCCAGCUAUGUGGAUAAAAAAAGAGGAAACGGACGAAGUGAAAACAGAGUUACCCUUCAUGGCCCAAGUUUACCCAUUCAGCAUGAAUGUAAAAGAAGAGUUGGAGGAGGGUGCAAAUAAAGAGUCCAUUGAAGAUCCAUUGGGAAUAUCAUGGUCCACUGAUUUUAUCAAGGAGGAUCCUGAAUUAAAUUUGGAACUGAGUGUAGCUGAUAAUAUUUAUCUGGAAGACCCAUUUAUAGCCUCGGGGUCCACUGAUCAUAUUAAGGAGGAUUCAGUACUAAAUUUAGGAGCAGAAGAAAUUGAGACUUUUGUGGAAGCCUCAACAAGAUAUGCAUCUGAUAGUGCAAGAUUGACUCAGACUACUGGUGGGAGCUGUGGCAUAUCAUGUGGAGAAAUUUAUCACCAUGGGCUGGUCCAGGAUGAUUCGGUGAUAGACAAGGAGAAGUCAACACAUGAGUUUGGUACAGAAAAUGUGACUAUUGACAAGGAAUGCUCAGUUGCCACCCAAUAUGACUGUAGUAAGAGAGAAAAGGAAUUACUUCAAUUUAGCUGUGAUUUCUGCCAACAGAACUUUCCUUCAAAAUACAGACUCAUAAUGCAUGUGUUUAUGCACAUUGAUGGCAUGCAGCCACCGUUGUAUGUUUGUAAGUGGUGUGGUGAGGUAUUUCACAGUAAGGUUAGUUUGAAAAUACAUUUGAGAAUGAGAGAGAAUUAUCAUGUCUUAACUGCUGGCCACCAUGAAAAAUAUGACUAUAGUGAUGAGCAUCAAAGCAGUAUCUUCUUGGAUAGUGAGCCAGAAGUUUCUGUUACAGAAAACAUUGAACAGUCUUCAUAUAAGGAAACGUGGAAAACUUCAAAGAAGGCCUCUAAUGACAUGUGUAACACACACAUGACAAAUGAUACAACAAGUGCUUAUGGAAUUUUAUCUACAGCUGUUAAUGUCAGUGCCCAGGCUGAUCUACAUAUUGCAAACAGAACCAACAAAUGUGGUAUUUGUGCCAAAUGGUUUGCUAGGUCAGGCAAUCUGAAGACACAUUUAUUAAUUCACACUGGAAUGAAACUUCACAAAUGUGAGAUUUGUGGGAAAUCUUUUACUUUGUUAGGCAGUCUCGAGAAGCACACAUUAAUUCACACUGGAAAGAAACCUCACAAAUGUGAGAUUUGUGGAAAAUGUUUUGCUAGAUCAGAUUGUCUCAAGACUCAUGAAUUACUUCACACUGGAAAGAAACCUCACAAAUGUGGUAUUUGUGCCAAAUGGUUUGCUAGGUCAGGCGAUCUGAAGACACAUUUAUUAAUUCACACUGGAAUUAAAUCUCACAAAUGUGAUAUUUGUGGAAAAUGUUUUUCUAGAUCAGGUUAUCUCAAGUUUCAUUUAUUAAUUCACACUGGAAAGAAACCCUACAAAUGUGAGAUUUGUGGGAAAUGUUUUGCUACAUCAGGUUAUCUCAAGACUCAUGUAUUAAUUCACACUGGAAAGAAACCUCACAAAUGUGAGAUUUGUGCAAAAUGUUUUGCUACAUCACGUUGUCUCAAGACUCAUGUAUUAAUUCACACUGGAAGUAAAUCUCACAAAUGUGAGAUUUGUGGAAAAUGUUUUACUACAUCAGGUUAUCUCAAGACUCAUGUACUAUUUCACACUGGACAGAAACCCUACAAAUGUGAGAUUUGUGGGAAAUGUUUUGCUACAUCAGGUACUAUUAAGAGACAUGUUUUAAUUCACACUGUAAAGAAACCCUACAAAUGUGAGAUUUGUGGCAAAUGUUUUGCUACAUCAGGUUGUCUCAAGACUCAUUUAUUAAUUCACAAUGGAAAGAAACCUCACAAAUGUGAGAUUUGUGGAAAAUGUUUUUCUACAUCAGGUUAUCUCAAGACUCAUUUAUUAAUUCACACUGGAAAGAAACCCUACAAAUGUAAGAUUUGUGGGAAAUGUUUUGCUACAUCAGGUUAUCUCGCGAAUCACAAACUAGUUCACACUGGAAAGAAACAUCACAAAUGUGUGAAAUGUGUGAAAUCUUUUGCUAGGUCAGGGAAUCUCAAGAGGCAUGUAUUAAUUCACACUGGAAAGGAACCUCACAACUGUGAGAUUUGUGGGUAAUCUGUUGCUACGUCACGCUAUCUUAACGGACAAACAUUAAUUCACACUGGAAAGAAACCUCACAAAUGUGUGAUUUGUGGGAAAUCCUUCGGUAGGUCAGGCACUCUCAAGAGGCAUAUAACAAUUCACACUGGAAAGAAACUUCACAUCUAGAAAAGACCUCACAAAUGUGAUAUUUGUGGCAAAUCAUUUACUACAUCAGGUGAUCUCAAGACACAUGCAUUAGUCCACAUGGGAAGGGGACCUCACAAAUGUGAUAUCUGUGACAAAAGUUUCACUCAGUUGGGUACUUUCAAGACACAUGCAUUACUUCACAUCAGAAAGUAACUACAAGUAAUUGUUAGUUUAUGCAAAUAGAUAUUCCUGGUUGGUGCCCUAAAGGCCUAUAAAAUAAUGAAUGUAGUAGGGGGACAAUAAAUUGUAAUGCAUGUGGAAUAACAUUAAAGUGUUGUAGAAUUGUGAAAAAAGUGCAAUAAUGUGUACUAUAUUGAGGUAAGAGAUAAUGUGAAAUACAAAAAUCACUAUCUGCAGCUUGAGAUGUUAAGAAAUUGUAUUACUAAAUACUCCAGAAACAUGAAUCAAAUGUGUUUUUGUCAUUAACACUGUCAAUAGUUAUAAUUACCAUGCAAUAUUCAGUAUAAGGCCAAGGAAAUGUGAUGACUUGCUGCUUAUUAUUCCAAACAUGGUCAUUAUGUAGUACUUGUAACUCUGCAUUUGAGAA